GCAGAAGCGCUCCUGGUAUGGAACAGAACUGGGUUUGUCUGUGGAAGCUGUGAGUAAGGUUGCCAUCACGAAAGCCAAAGUGGAUUUCUCCGGCGUGGUGUGCCUGCCCCCUUCUGUCAUUGCUGGCAAUGGGCUGGACGGAGGAGGGGCAGGCGAAAAUGAUGAUGAGCCGGUGCUGGUGUCACUUUCGGCAGCACCAAGCCCCCAGAGUGAAGCCGUUGCCAAUGAGCUGCAGGAGCUCUCCUUGCAGCCCGAGCUGACCCUGAAUCUCCAUCAUGGCCAAAAUCCCAACCUUCCCCCACUAAGUGAAAGGAAGAAUGAUGAUACCUUCAGGAGGAUGGGAAUGAAGAGUGGAUUGAUUGCCGGUCUGCGUUUGGAUCCAUGCUGCCACUUGGAGAGAAUGAUUACCUCCUGCACCAAGACCUUUCAGCCUGCCUAUGCCGGGAUUUUGCCGCUUGCAGAGACUGUGUCAAAGCAGGGGAAGAGUUGUUCAACCACGUGUCAGGAUUCAUACCACAGUUUGCGGGAAGUGCUGCAGUUGAAGCUCCAGCAGCGACGGACUCGGGAGGAGUUGGUGAGCCAAGGGAUCAUGCCGCCUCUGAAAAGUCCAGCUGCAUUUCAUGAACAGAGAAGGAGCUUGGAGCGGGCCAGGACGGAGGACUAUCUGAAACGGAAAAUCCGAUCCCGGCCAGAGAGAGCGGAGCUGGUCAGGAUGCACAUUCUGGAAGAGACCUCAGCUGAACCCUCCCUGCAGGCCAAGCAGCUGAAGUUGAAGAGGGCCAGGCUGGCAGAUGACCUCAACGAGAAGAUAGCCCAGAGGCCAGGUCCCAUGGAGUUAGUGGAGAAGAAUAUCUUGCCUGUGGAGUCCAGUCUGAAGGAAGCCAUCAUUGUUGGGCAGGUGAACUACCCAAAGGUUGCAGACAAUUCCUCCUUUGAUGAGGACAGUAGUGAUGCCCUGUCCCCUGAGCAGCCAGCCAGCCAUGAGUCCCAGGGAUCUGUACCAUCCCCAGUGGAGGCCCGAAUUGGUGAGCCACUUCCAACCAUCAUGAGGACAUUGCCAGCCCAGGGUACAUCACAGUUACAGAUCACUGUAGAUUCCAGUGAAGCACCUUUCCUACCUGAACAGCCACCUCCUCCCUUGCCUCCACUGCCUUUGCUGCCUCCCAGUCUCACCAAUGGAGCUCUCGUUCCUGCUGCCAAGCCCCCACCAACACUUAUUAAGCAAAGCCAGCCUAAGACAGCCAAUGAGAAGUCUCAGCGCAGCAAGAAAUCCAAGGAAUUGAAGCCGAAAGUCAGGAAGCUUAAAUAUCACCAAUACAUUCCCCCGGACCAAAAGCAGGACAAAGGAGCCCCUCUCAUGGAUUCAUCUUAUGCCAAAAUACUGCAGCAGCAACAGCUCUUCUUGCAGCUCCAGAUCCUCAACCAGCAGCUGCAGCAACACUACAACUAUCAGAGCAUCCUGCCAGCCCCACCAAAGCCUCCAGGAGAGCAGCAGAGCAGUACCAGUGCCCCUGCUGGGCGCAAUCUUUCUACCACAGUCAGCUGCGCGUCUUCAGUAUCCUCCAGUUCUGGUGGGCUGAUGCGACAAAACAGUAAUGCCACAGUGGCCAAGCCAGUGGGCAGCCUCCCUGCCAACCUAGAUGACAUGAAGGUGGCAGAGCUGAAGCAAGAGUUGAAGCUGAGAGCAUUACCUGUCUCUGGCCCAAAGACAGACUUGAUUGAGCGACUCCGAGCUUACCAAGAGCAGAAUGGCAUAGCCAAUCAAGCAGCCACCACAUCCAAGCCCAGUGCAACAGCCGUCAUCCCAAAAGCUGCUGAAGUGAUGGUUGCCUUUCCAGCUACCAGGCUGAGCACAGGGUCAGCAUUGGUCACUGCUGGCAUCACACCAGCAGAGGUUGUCGUGGCCACUGUCACUGGCAAUGGUGUGAUGAAGUUUGGCAGCACAGGCUCAACCCCACCUGUUUCUCCCACCCCAUCAGAACGCUCUCAGAUGAGCACUGGGGACGAGACCUCAGCCACCGGAGAUGCCUUUGGGGAGAUGGUAACUUCGCCUCUGACCCAGCUCACCCUGCAAGCAUCUCCAAUGCAGUUCGUGGUGAAGGAAGAGAGCUCCAAAGUUACCUACUGUAGUGGAAAUCCAGUCCCCAAGUCAGAACAGAGCAGCACGAGCAACAGCAAAGACAUGGAGGUUCAGGAUAAAGACCAGAUGCUGCAGGAGAAAGACAAGCAAAUUGAGGAACUCACUCGAAUGCUGAAACAGAAGCAGCAGCUGGUAGAGAUGCUGAGGCUGCAGCUGGAGCAAGAGAAACGGUCACAGCAGCUGCUUCCAGCCAUGGCUACUGGAGGAGAUGGAGCUGUCCCCAUUCCCAACUCGAUGGUGUUCGACAUCCCGGUGAAAAGUGAAAACGGUUUCCUGAGUUGCCAGUCUGCAGAGCAGCCCAAUGGCCAAACAGACCAAUACGCUCCUGUGCUGACCGCUAGCCAAAUGGACACUUCAGAUCCAAGCUCAGUGCCAAAGAAAGAGGUGAUGGUGAAGCAGGAGGUACUGGCGGCAGAAACAGAGCCACCAUGCCAGUCCCACAGUCCACGGAUCUUCCUUGGUCAGCAGGGGGGUGUCUUGAGUAACUUCAUCAAGGGGGCUCCUCCCCCUACCCUCAUCACAGAUUCCACAGGGACCCACAUCGUCCUUACAGUGACCAAUCAGAGUUCAGGGAGGCGGGGCCUCUCUCCACAGGAGAAAGUGAACAGUAGCUGCACAACAUUGCAGACGGUACAAUCAUCACCUACUAAAACUUCCAGCCACACACAGUGUCAGCUCCCUGUAGGCAACUCCCAGCCGCAGCCGCAACCACAGCAGCAACAGCAGCAGCCCAGAAUACUGAACCAGCUUGUCAGGAAGGGUCAGAAGCCAGGCCUGCAAGUAGUCACUGGGCAGAUGCCUCCCACAGUAUUGUCUUUCUCAGCACCUCCAAACCUGCAGCCCUUCUUCCUUAAUGGCUUCCACAAAGGAUCUCUGAAACCUGGUGCUCCUGUCAAAGCUGGCCAACCCAGUGUGCCGAAAAAGCCCUCUUCGCAGCCAGGCUCUCCUGCUGCCUCCUCCCCAUCGCAGAUGGACCUUGAGCAGCAGCAGCAUCCGUCCCUAUUUGGGACCCCUCCGUCUCCCCUCCCUGCCCCCUCAGUACCAAUGAAAGAACCUCCAGGCUACGAAGAGGCCACAAAACAACAGCCAAAGCCCCAUGAGGAGAAUGGCUGUUCAAGCCAGCAGAUGGAUGACCUGUUUGACAUCCUCAUUGAGAGUGGAGAGAUUUCAGCUGAUUUCAAAGAGCAGCCCUCCCCGGCCGGGAAGGAGCCAUCUGCAUCCCCAGCCUGCGCCUCACCACCUAGCAGCCACCAUUCCUCUGAGCUGCCCCUGCAAGUGUCCGUGGGCCACCCUGUCCUAGUAGGUCGACUGGAGGACUUUCUGGAGAGCAGCACGGGCCUCCCUCUGCUGACGGCAGCCCAUGAUGGGCCUGAGCCCCUGCCCUUGAUCGAUGAUCUCCACAGCCAGAUGCUGAGCAGCUCGGCCAUCCUGGACCACCCGCCUUCACCCAUGGACACUUCAGAAUUGCACUUUGCCCACGAGCCUGUUGGGGGAUUAGCCCUGGACCUGGGUGAGGCUAACUUGGACAGUAUGGAUUGGUUGGAGCUGCCGGGGGGGCCUGUCAUGAGCCUUGCUCCCCUCAGCACUGCAGCCCCCAGCCUCUUCUCCACAGACUUUCUUGAUGGACAUGAUCUGCAGCUGCACUGGGAUUCUUGCUUGUAGCUCCCUGAGCAGAGACUGAAGGGAAUGGGUGUGGGAGGGCUGGGGAUUGUGUGUGGGGAAGAGAGGCCAGUCAACCAAAAAUGAGCCCCUAGUCUGUGUACUCCUCCCCCAACAGUGACCCCCAACAGGUACCAGAGGCCGGGGCUGGUACUGCUGCUGUUGGGCUUUUGUGCACGCUGAGCUCCAGGCAGCCAGUCAGGCCCAGAGCAGAAAAUGGGGCUGUUGAAGGAGAGGGUCCGCAGGGGCUUUACAACUGGCUGGUUCCCAGCCCCCUCCCCUUGGUCUGGACACAGCUGGGAUCUCAGGUGUUAGCAGAGGCAUUUUAGUUUCCACCCUAAGCUCAGAGAAAUAACAGCAGUGCCCUGCAUGUGACCCUGGCAGGCAGGAUUUCCCUUGCUCAGGCUGGCAGGAAACAGUGCGGCUGGGUCUGUUCACUCCCAGGGGCAGAAGGGGGCAGGAAGGCAGUGAGCAGCAGCUUGCUCCUAAAAGCAGUUUAAGGAAAAAAAGGGGGUUUAUGCAGGUCAGGAAAGGUUCUUUGGGAAACCUUUACAGAGGGGGAGAUGGGCCGCAGGAGUUGGAAGACAGGGGCACCUGGGGGAUGGGGUGCAGGCUUUCUCCCUCACCAGGCCUGAGCUCUCAGGCCUGUCUCAUUUCUGGACAAGGCUCCAGCCCAAAGUGACACUCAAGCCAUAAACUACAAGCUGCCUCAGCCCCCUCUGCUGCCACAGUAGGGCUGGCUAUGGAGUGGGCAAGAGUGGAGGGCCACAGGGGCCCCAGGAGCCGGGCAGCUGCAGAUGCUAAAGCAUGGGCUUACCCUCUCUCCAGCUACCUGGGCGGGGUCCCCAGGGACACCGCACUGGGCCCUUUACACACCAGCCAGAGCAGCCAGGCCAGGCAGGUGGGAGGUGGGGAAGAGAGGGCAGCUACCAUUGUGCCUGGGAACAAGGCCAGCAAACUGCUGUGUGGAGUUGAUCAGGGCCCUUCAGUGCACCACUCAGGCUGGGUGGAGAACUGGGCAGGCAGAGGGGCUCCCUUGGCUUUUCCACUCCUCCGAAAGGCAGACAGCAUCUAGCCUGCCCCACUUCCCCUACCUGAGGUACUUGGGCAGGUUGGCACCGGCAGGCCCUGUACAUUCCUCCCCCUGCGCGUGAUGAGCUGCGGCACUGAGCCAGAGGCAUGAGAGUGGGCAGGAGCUGUAGGGCAAGGAGUCCAGCGUACCCAGACUAGCCCCACACUGACCUCCUUCUGCACAGGUUUCCUAAAUGGCCUCAGGAAGAGCCAGACAGGACGCCUACCCACUUCUGCAUUCUGCUUGGGGCUGGCAUCUGCUGCUGGGCUCCAGCUACACUAAGGUGCUGGGUAUUUGGUCCUUCCAUACGCUAUAUGUGGACUCUAGACAGCGGCUUCCCCACCCCUGGGGGUGGGGGGAUGCAGUUGAUGUGAUCAGGAGUCAGGCCUUCAUACACUGAGGCCGCCGCAGACCCUGUGCUCAGAGCAGCCUUCUGCCCAGGGCAAGUGUCCAGGGUGUUCGCCCAGCCGGCCUUGGGCACUGAGCAGCAGCAAGUGGAGUGUCUGGGCCUGGUGGGCCGGGAGAGGCUGAGGGCUGUGGAGAGCAGCUUGGGUUGGGGGUGAGCAGAAGCUGUUGACACCUCCCGUGAGGCAGCCUGGCAGGUCAGGGCUAUGGCGAGCACCUGGACCCACCUGCCUUGGUGUCUGGUGAGCUGCAGCUCUGCCAGCCGUAUUUACUGCACGAGCCACAUUGGUGAGGGUUGGUGCACACCUGCAAGUCAUGUCAGCUUAGCAGGGCAAUAGCAGAGGCGGCAGCUGCCCAGCGUUGUAGGCUUAGGCUUCCCUAAAACCAAUGCGAUGCCCUGCAGCUGGCCCUUUUUUCCCCCUGCCUGAGGAUUGAGGAUGCCCAAAUCAGGUUAUUGGCAAAUCAGGUUAUUGGCCUAGACACUGCCCCACUUCCCUUCCCCUCCACCCACCUCCCUGCCCUGCCCACGAGCGCUUCCUGUGCAGGAGCUGGUGCAAGGGAAGUUGCAGCCUCAAUGCCUUGAAACUUGAAAAAGCUCACAGUUUUGUGGGUGGUU